AGUUGUGUUGAAGACGACGUGCUUACGGUAAUAUGCUAUCGAGAUUUAUUUUAUUACUAACGCUAUCAUUAUGUACACUUUCUGAACGACAAAGGAAUGAAAUAUUCGAUAUAAACCCAGAUGAAGUAAUUGGUUCACACAUCGAUGACGAGCUGUAUGAAGCGAGAUUAAAACUUAAUCAAUUAACGUUUAAUUUAAACGAUACCAGCAAACAGUCACGAAACACAUUCAACGUAAACGCGACUACAGAAAAAUAUCCCAUGGCCUCCGUCCCACCAGAGAUUGUUGCAACACAAUCUAAGGCCAUAAGGAGACGAAUGAAAAUACGUAUGCUUAAAAAGCAACUAGAGAAAGUACUAACGACCGACUUACCGUCGAUAUCAGAGUAUAUUGACGUUGAUGAUCCAGCUGUUAUAACUGAAAAAUUUGACAAACUACUUGAAAAAAGCAGAAAGUCCGAGCCGAGUUUAACUCGUAGAGAAGUAUAUUUUUAUGAUGGACAUGAAGAACCACCUGCCUACAAAGCUAAAACCAAAAGACUAAUUUUUCGCAUUGCAGAACACUUCGUAUACUUAACACGAUACAAGCUCGUUCUCUCUCAAGUCCUCAAGAAGAAGUAUUCUGGUAAUUUGCGGUACCGAAUUGGAUUCUUAUUUGCGUUACUGAGACACUUGAAAAAUAUGCAGAAGUGGUUGCAAUGGACUUAUAAGCAAUACCUCGUCAAUACUGCCUUCCAUGAAGUAAAGAUUUUACAGAAAGUAAUGCGCCUAGACAUUGAUAUCAGAAAUGUAGUUGAUUUGAUACAGAAGACGGAAUACCAAAAGAAUAUGUUGUACGACCCCAACUUCUAUGAUAUAAGUUUUGAAAAAAAGUAAUAUACCUUGUUUUAUAUGUAUUUUCGGUAUAUCUAUUAUAG